AUGAGCUGUGAUCUUUUGAAAGCCCCUUUUACAAAACUGGUCAAGGAACGUGAAAAUAGCGUCGUGUCUUGGGCGCUGAAGACCUUGAGCAACACAACCGACUCUACCCAGUGCAACUCCGGUAAUGCAUCCGAUGACGACCGGCUAUCUCACGGCACAAACACAGAUUUGACUCGUCAGGAGCAACCGGAUAUUUCCACGACGACACCACAGGCGGGCGCGGAUGAGCCGUAUCAUGUGUUUGGAAACCGUAUGAAAUGGGUCUUGGUGGCCCAGAUUGGCGUGGCUGGCACCUUCUCUGGCUUGUCAUCCAACAUUUACUUCCCGUGCCUUAAGACAAUUACAGAGCUCAUCCAAGGCAUCGCGCCGCUCAUAUGGGGAACCCUUUCAGACAAAUUGGGCAGACGGCAGGUGUACGUUUACUCGUUCAUGGUAUAUAUUGUUGCCAACAUCGUCCUGGGCUUCUCUCCCAACUUGCCAAUCCUCUUCGCCUUCCGUGGCCUGCAGGCGUUCGGUAGCGCCUCGGUUGUCAGCAUCGGCAACGGGGUUAUUCAGGAUAUUGCACUUCCCGUCGAGCGUGGUGGUUUCAUGAGCAUUUAUCAAGCAUUACUCGCCGGCCUGAUUCUCGUCCAGAUUAUUAUUCUGCUACCUGAGACAUUGCGACUUGUGGCCGGAAACGGCUCUGUGCGCGUCAAAGGUAUCAAGUAUAAGCCUCUUUGGGAUGUUAUGUCCCAAAAGCGUCCCGACUUCGCAGACCAUGAGGAGGUUUCCAAGCCGGAGGUCAAGCUGCGGGACUUUUGGGAACCUUUGCACAUGCUUGGUGAAAUGGAUACGCUGCUGACCCUCGUAUUCGGUGGAGUUGUCUACUCGAUGUGGUCUAUGAUGACCGGCACUACGACCAUGCUGCUCGCAGAAAAGUUUGGCCUUAACGAACUCCAUAUAGGCUUUGCUUACCUGCCCAAUGGCAUUGGCACUUGUGCGGGAUCAGCCCUUGCCGGAUGGCUGAUGGACAAGGACUACAAGUCCACCGAGGCGAUUUACAAAGACACACACAGGAUUUCUGAGGACUGCAGUAUUUCGCCAAAGGCCAUACCCAUUGACUUCCCAAUCGAGAAGGCACGGUUCCGUCACGUCUUUUGGGUCACUGGGCUGCUGGCGGUCUUUUCGGCGCUAUAUGGCGCCUCAUUCUGGGAGCUGCCCAUCACUUCGCGUCCUGAGUGGAUAGCUGUCCCGCUGGCCCUGCAAUUCUUCAUCGCUGGGACAAGUAACAUGAUAUUCGCCAUCAACUCCACCCUCAUCACGGACUUGCAUCCCGGGAAAGGCGCCGGCGCCACUGCUAUUAACAAUUUGGCGAGAUGUACAAUGUCUGCCGGCGCUGUCCCCCUCGCGCACUACAUGAUCAAGAGAUUGGGGACGAGGCCAACCUUCUUCGUUCUGGCUGCCGUGGUCAUAUUUUGCAUGCCCCUGGCAAUAAUCAGUCGAGUGUUGGGAAUGAAGUGGAGGAGGAAGAGAAUGAGGAGGAUCGAAGAUCUCCAAAGCGAGUCUCGACGUGUCACCGAGACAUAA